GAGCUUUAGCACUUGAUUUUAAAAUGUAAAAUGAAUGCUUAAGGAAUUAAUUCUAAUUAGUAGUGCAAAGAUUGGUGAAAAAAUUAUGACGAAACAAUAGUUACGACUAAGAAGGUUCGCCGUUAGUUUAAUAACAAAACAAUCAAAACAGCAGACGUCUCGGUAGAAUUGCCAAAAUAAUGUGUUUGGGAUAUUAUAAAUUGCGGAAAUUUCAUUCUUUUUCAAUACAUGUUUUAUCGUUUUGUCAAUUCUAUUCUAAACAACCGGCUAAUUUCUGUUCAACGUGCAUGGUAAGAUACACUUUGUCAAAAUCAACGUAUGAGCAAGCCAUUGUACUGAUAAUGUAACUAUAGUGAAAAUUUAAAUCAAUUGCAUUAUUGCUAUUUUUUAAUAAUUUAUACUAACAGCACAUCGUUUCAUUUUAGGAUAAAAAUUCGACUUCGAAUUCUAUGGACGGAAGCGGCAUCUACUAUCUCAUCUAACGCAUCUGCAAACGAAGCUGAUAUACCUGCAUGAAGGAAGUUGCUGCAAUAGCAAAAUUCGCCAAACGUCAACGACAGCUUCAACUAACCGUCGGUAUCAAAUCUGCGCAAAACCGAACAAAUAUCCGUAAACCGACGAACCUUCCACAAGGUGCCACCACCACUACCAAACCUAAGGAAAGCAUCACUCCCACCAAGACACCCAGCAUCUCGGACUUAGGCUACGAAAUAGUGCCCGUGCCUGGAUUCAAGUUUCCGUUACAACAACGUUCCGAUGUGGAAAAUCUCGAAAAUGCUAUCCAAAACAAUAAAGAUAUUCGUAAAAAAUAUAUUGCUUUUCUCGCUCAACGUAAGCCCAAACACAUGGGUAUACAUAAAUUCAUUUCCACUGUCUUUUCUGAUGAAGCUCUAAAUGCGUACAACUUGCACGGUUCCAACACAUCGGGCCGCGCCAAAAUACCCAUGAAAACGUACUCGGUGUUUUAUGACUGUUUCAUCGAAGCAUUCGAAAGUUCCGGUUUGAAUGAGCGCGAGCUACAAUCCCAGCUAACGGCAGCUAUCAAGCAUAGCCGAAACAGGAUGAGACAGCGCAUGUUCCGUGCAAGAAAAAGUCUCGGCAAGAACGAAAAAACCCCCGGCGAUAAAUCGGAAUGAUGGCUGAAUAACCUCUACUACAGCAAAUUAACACAAGAGAAAGUGUAAAAAUACGCGCAAGCUAAUCCCCGAAAUCCACGAAACCCUUUAUUUUGUAGAAAGAGCGUAAAGAUUUACCUUUUGUAGAUUCUAAUGGUCACUGGGCUGAAAUUUAGCCAUGAACAAUAAACUUUCUUUUUUAAUAUA